UUUGCUCAAUGACAAAAUCCCUAGUCAUCAUUGGCCUCACUGUAAAAGAAGACACAUAGUAAAGAUCAGACUGCCCGAUACAUGCUUGUGUGAAUCUGAAUCUUCAGAAAGUAUGCAGUUGUGCUGUGAAUCCAUCAAUGCCUCCUGCAUAAAGAGCAGCUGGUCCAUUAGCAUUCGAAUUUCCAUGUAUGUAUCCAUGUUAUGUGUGAUCCUGGGUACUGUAGCUGGCAAUUUGACAGUCAUCAUCUCCAUUGCACAUUUCAGGCAGCUCCACACCCCAACCAAUUUCCUCAUCCUCUCUAUGGCUACUGUUGACUUCCUCUUGGGAAUCCUCGUCAUGCCUUACAGUAUGGUGAGAUCAGUGGAGAACUGCUGGUAUUUUGGGGAGUUAUUCUGCAAAGUCCACACCAGUGUCGACAUCAUGUUGAGCACAGCUUCCAUCUUCCAUCUAUCAUUCAUCUCCAUUGAUCGCUACUAUGCUGUAUGUGACCCACUUCGAUACAAAGCCAAGAUCAACACGUCUGUCAUACUAAUAAUGAUCGUCAUAAGUUGGGUGUUACCCGCCACGUUUGGUUUUGGGAUGAUCUUUUUGCAGCUGAAUAUGACAGGAGCCAAAGAAACAUUCUACAAACUCAUUUACUGUGUGGGAGGCUGCUUCGUCUUCUUCGAUGAAACUUCUGGAGUGAUAGCCUCCAUGGUUUCUUUUUACAUCCCUGGAUUUGUCAUGGUAUUCAUCUAUGGCAAGAUAUACACUAUAGCCAAAAGACAGGCCAGAUCUAUUAAGGCUAUGAUGAGCCAAGCACAGAUAAGAUUUCAAAUGAGGCAUCACAUUUCUCGCAGCAGAGAAAGAAAAGCUGCCAAGACUUUAGGCGUUGUAGUUGGAGUUUUCCUCACUUGCUGGUUCCCUUUUUUCUUCUGUACAGCUACAGAUCCCUUUAUGAACUAUACAACACCACCUAUUGUCAUUGAUGCAAUGGUUUGGCUAGGUUACAUGAAUUCAACAUUUAAUCCAAUUGUUUAUGCAUAUUUUUACUUGUGGUUUCGAAGGGCCUUGAAAAUGAUUGUACUGGGGAAGGUUUUUCAGCAGAACUCAUCCAGAAUUAAGCUAUUUUGGGAGUGAAACAUUUUGAAAACUGAGACUUGCUUCAAAUGAAAUGAAAAUGAAAUACCAGCUUUAAAAACAAUGAAAAAGAGAAGAAAAUAUUGUUUGCUGAGAUUUUGGAGGUCUUAUUCAGCAAAUGAAACUUCUCUUGUUCCAUAUAAAUUUAAAUUAACCCAUAUAGUCACCCAAAGUGACUAGGAUGUGUUUUUUUUAACCAGGUGACAAUAUAAUAUAUUCAUUUAUAAAAACAGUGUGUCUAUAUUAGAAACUAAAAUGGCAUGUUGAAAUGAACAAAAAUGAAAACUCCCAUCACUAGACCAAAGCACAAUGUCUGCUUUGAACUGGGUUAUCUAGGUUCACACUCAGAUAAUGUGGGAUUUUCUGCCUUGAUAUUAUGAGAUAUAGGGCUGCGUGAAAGGGCCCUUAGUCUUCAUUACCUGAGGAAGACAGGGUUACAGCCAAAGAAUCAGCUUGUUAAUACAGCAUAUUUCCUAAAAUACAUAGUGCGCAGAGAGGUUCACAAAAACUAAAUAUAAUAAUCACCAUAGUCAGAGAUAAUGAAUUAACACCAUAAUUAUUUAUGCCACUUCUGCUAAUUUUUCUUUCUAGAAUGGUCUAGGCACCAUGCAUCUUGACCUCUGCUAGGAAAACGUGUUGAACUUUUAAGACAUUUCAAGUUUUUUUUUAACAGACAACAAAUGUAGAGUUUACAGUAUUCAAGAACACAAGGUGAAGGUAAGAUAACAAGGCAAAGCUAAGAUAGGUGCAACCUAAUUCAGAAAUACUUUCUUCCUCUGCUCUCUUACUGGAAAAGUUUGUAGUUUGCCAAAGAGCCUCCUGUUUUCAAAAUAUAUAGUCCCAUAAGAGAGAAUAAAGUUUUUAUGAAGUCCUGUAGUAUUUGCCAUCAUUAGGACCUAAUCAGUUCUAUGGUGUGGUUGUCCCUCAUUAUGACUAUGGGAUACAACGGAUGUGUGUUAAUAAGGCCCCUUGGUUGCUGUUUAAAGC